CGUGGGAGUAACCAGGAAGUGUCUUGGUAACCAAGGGAAGCUGGGCGAUGAAAUAAAGGAAUUUUUCCGUGUUGAGGUGGAAAACGUCGACAUAUCAUUACGAAUAUUACGAGAGGGCAACCCACUUCGCUUUCAAAAGGGUAAGAAAGUGCUAUGUUUCUACUGUAACAGCUCGUAAAUACUGAGGUCAAUGGCUCUACCGACCCUCUCAGCUCAUGUGCCCAGUCGGUCCCGGGUGCUGGCCGGACAGCUGGCCCGGCAGCGGGAACAGGAGGCUCAGUGGCGGCAGCAGUGGGAGCUGCAUGCUCAGUACUUCAGAGAGCAGAAUGUCCGCAGCCAAAAACAGGCCGUGUGGAGCUCCCGACAGUCCUACCAGCAGAGUAUGUCAGCAUAUCACAAACAGAGACUGGAGGAGGAAAAGAAAGCCAGCCUGGAGCAGCGCAGGAAUCGGCUCAGGGCCAUGCUGAAAGAAGAGCAGGACCAGCUGGAGGCCGAGCUCAGACAAGUGGUCCCUGACACGAGAACACUAGCAAAUCAGUUGGUGCAAAAAACUGAAGCGCUUCGUACAGCUAGAGAGGAUAGAAGACAAAAGCUUGCACAAGAACUCCUACGGGAACAUUGGAAGAAAAACAACCCACAGCUGCGAGAGGUGGAGUCAGCGUUACAUAAAGAUCAUGUUGUCAGCCAAUGGCAGGGGCAGAUAUCUGAGAGGAAAGAGCAAGAAAUGACGGAGCAGGUGGAAACAAGACGCUAUGGAAAUGAGUAUGAGCGAGCUCGUAAAGAAUCUCUGGAGAGGAUAAGGCAAGCAGAGGAAAAAAAGAAAAGAGAGGAGCAGAAGAGGGCGGAGGAUCUUCGAAAACAGAUGGGGGAGCUGAAGCUGAGGGAAGAGGAGGCUACUUGCCUAAAGAAGGAACAGGAAGCUCUGCAGGUCAAGAAGUGGGAACUGGAGAAGAUAGAGGAGGAGAGGGUGAAGGUGGAUGAGAGGCGGAAAAAGUCUGAGAUGGGGCAUUUCUUGAUCCGUCAAUAUCACGCUCAGCUAAGGAGGAGGGCUCAGCAAGUGAAAGAGGAACUGGAGAGUGACAGGCAGAUACUGGCUGCCCUGCUGGAAGGAGAGGAGGAGGACCAGAAGAUGGAGUCUGCAAGAAGGGAAAGGGCUGUGGCAGACGCUGCCUGGAUGAAAUGUGUAAUUGAAGAGCAGCUUCAGUUGGAGCAGGAGAGGGAGGCUGAGUUUAACAUUCUACAUAGAGAGGAAGCCCAACAGGUGUGGGAGAAACGAGAAGCACAGUGGGAGAAGGAGAGGAAAGCCAGAGAACGGCUUAUGGGAGAGGUGCUCGCAGGGAGACAGCAGCAGCUGGACCUGAAAGUGCAGAAGAACCGUGAGGCUCAGGAGGAGUCACUGAGGCGACGGGAGGAGAUGAUUCAGGAGCUGGAGCAGGAGAGGGAGAUCAGACGGCUGGAGAUGGAACAAGAAGAGGGUCGCAGGACUGCACACAUGCAAGAUAUAACUGCUCAGGUGGAGCAGCAGCGCCAAGAGCAGUGGGAGGAGCAACACAGGAUAGAGCAGGAAGAGGAGGAGGACAGGGAGGUUCUCCAAAUCCAGGAGGAGGAGCUAAGAGAAGAGCUCCAGAGGAUGGCUAAGAGAGGGUACCACGACAAGAUUCACAGCAGACCCCGGUCAGCUUGGACGUGAGCAACCUGGAGAAAUGUGAUCAAAACAGGAUUGUGAGAUGUAUUUUUUCUUGCUUGUUAAAGAACAGGUCACUGUAUAAUGAAAAAAAGUGUCUUAAAAAAGCCUUAGUCAAAACAAGCUCACCUCUCUCCUGGCUUAUAUUUUCUCACUGAGCCACAGUUGGAUGCUAGCAAAAUUAAGGAAUGUUGCACUCAAGGAGAAACAAAUUUGUUAGGAAUAAUUCACAUGCCUGAUGCCAUAACACCUUGAGAAACAUUCAUAACAUAAAUUUUACAGUGUGUCUUAAUGCAUUUUAUCCCCCAUUUCUCACAGUGGAUUUGUAUAAAGCGUUGUUUCACAGCAAGUAUUGAAAGACUGUACAUUUUCAUCAACAGUGCAUCAAAUUCACGUACUGUUCUAAGACUGAUUCCAAAUUGUGACUCUACCUGUAAUGCUUUUGAAGGACUUAUGUAUUGAUGUAAGUUGAGAGGCCAUCUGUUGUGCCAUCUUUUUGUACUUUUUAAAAUUCUGGUUGUUUGCAUUAAAAGACAAUAAUAGAGUUUUUGCACUUUUGAGCUGUAUAUUUUCUAUCUGGAAUCUCUAGACUGUUUUCAAUAAAACUAAUAAAACUGA